CAAAACGCAUUUACAGAAACCAGGAGCAAAGAGCACAGACAGCAACAGAACGUCUCAUAGAAGAUAUCACAACAGAAGUACAAUACAGAGAUGAAGUCAUUUCUUCUUCUGUCACUCACCCUCACAGUGAGCCUUGGAGUACCAGUGCCAGAAUGGGUUCCAAUGGUGCUACCUCCAGAAGAGGGGGGUAUCUCUCUGGCCGAUGUGCUACCGGAUCAAGGCCAUGUGGUCCAGGAGGACGUCUGGCCAGAUGCAGGUCUGGAAAAGGUGGAGCGGCCUGCUGAACUGAGCCCUGUAGUUCAGGAGAAACCAGCUGAACAGGAGACUGUGGUUGAGGAGAAACCAGCUCAAUUGGACCCCGCAGUUCAAGAUAAAUCAGCUGAGCAGGACCCUGAGGUACAAGUCAAGCCUGUGGAGAAGGAUCCUGAGGUACAGGACAAGCCUGCAGAGAAGGACGCUGAGGUACAGGUCAAGCCUGCGGAGAAGGACGCUGAGGUAGAGGACAAGCCUGCGGAACAGCAUCCUGAGGUAGAGGCCAAGCCUGCGGGGCAGGACCCUGAGGUAGAACAUGUACAGGAAGAGGUGGAGGAAGAAGACCAAUCUGAGGGUCCUGCUGUGGAGGAUGAUCUCACAGCAAAUGAAGUCACUGAGGAUUUCCCUGUCCAGGAGGGGGCACAGCCCGAGGAAAAGUUCAUGGAUGAAAAUGAGUUUAGCUUGAAUGAUGAACAAGGGCCGGAUGAAACUUUUCUCUCAGAGGAACUAAGAAGUGAUGAGCCAGUGAUGAAGUUAGAACCUCCAAUGGAGGAAGAGCCAGUUGUACAGGAGGUGCAUCCAAUGCCAGGGAUGCUUAGAGUAGUAGAGGAGCCAAGGGUUGAGUUAGAGCCUGAAGAGGAGGGAGUAGGGAUGUAUGGCAGGUUAACUGAAGAGAAGGCUGUGAUGGCUGAAGAGCCUAAGAUGGCGUUGGAGCCUCUGCCAGAGGAGGAACCAGCAAUGCAAGAGGCAGAUUUAUCAGAUCCAAGGCUUAGAUUGGUGGAGGAACCUUCAGUAGAGCUGGAGCCUCUGUCGGGAGAGGAGCUUGCUUCAGAAGAUGAGCCUGGAACAGAGAAUGAAAUGGACGAAGUGUCACCAGAGCAGGAGCCCAGCAUGGAGAUGGAACCAGAGGAGGAUCCAGCUCUUUGGGCGCGGUCUGGAUUGGCAGAAGGACCUCUGAUGGACAGCAUGACACAAGCAACGAUGGAGGAAGAGUCAGAAAUGUGGGCGGGGACAGGGGAAGAGUCUGCAGCAAUGGGUAGAGGGAUGGAUAUGGACGAUGACAUGUUUGUGGGAAUGGAGACAGGGGAACAGUCUGCAGCAAUGGGUAGAGGGAUGGAUAUGGACGAUGACAUGUUUUUGGGAAUGGAGACAGGGGAAGAGUCUGCAGCAAUGGGUAGAGGUAUGGAUAUGGACAAUGACAUGUUUGUGGGAAUGGAGACAAAUGCUAAAGGAGAGGCAUGGCCUUAUGCAGAAGAUGAGUUCCAAGCGAGAUCUAUGGAUGAGGAGGUCCCUGGUGCAGUGUCCACCAGGAGGAGUUCAUGCAGUGGAGUGAUCAUUGAGGGUCGAUGCUACCAGUUCUUCAGGGGUCCCAAGCAGGCUACAGAUGCUGAGUUCUUCUGUCAGAGUAGCUUCCCCAACGGACACCUGGCCUCCGUCACCAGCUCUUACAUCCGCCAGCAGAUGAUGAGACUCAUGGCACAGAACGGUGGCCCAACACGCACCUGGGUAGGAGGACUCAGAUAUCUGGAGACGGGCCGUUUCAUCUGGCUGGACGGGGCACGUUGGGCGUACGCUGAUUGGCUCUUCGGGGAGCCCAACAACACGUCUGGAGUAGAGGACUGUGUAGAAUUACUCAGUAAUGGUAAGUUUAAUGACAUGCCGUGCUGGGAUCUGCGGGCUUACCUCUGCUCAUAUCCUCUGUGAUGAGUCCACAAACUUCUGUGAUGUGACCUCCCAUCUUCAGCACCAAUCACACCUGACAAUUUCAAUAGUGUGAAGAGUGAAGAGUGAGAAUACUUGACCCAGGCCAAAUAAGAGCCAAAUAAGACAAAAUAAGAGCCUUAAUGCUCUGCGUGCACCACACCAGACAAGAUUAGCGCUCCAAUGUACAGACUCACACACUGCCCUGUGUUUAUAUUGAUGCAUAUUUUACACUUGAAAGCCAUUUGUAUUUGGUUAUUGGUUACUGUUUUUUUUGAUUGGACAUGUCAGAUGCAAAUCAUUUUUUGUGAAUAAAUGAAAUUCCUCCAAAA